AUGGACGGACCGCUUGGGCCCGAGGUCGAAGUGUUUGCAAAUGCACUCGAUGAUUGUCUCGCACCUCAGGGCACAGUCGAGGAGAAGCAGACAAGGAUUCUGGGCCUGGUGGAUGCGUACUAUGACUAUGCCGACGAGACUCUAGCGCACUUGCGCAAACAGGCUCGGCAGGGCUCAGUUGGCGAGACCGAAAUGGACUUGGACGACGACGAAGACACAGAGCCUGCUGCAAGCCUAGAAGAAAUUCGAAGAUGGGAACAAGAGAAACAGACGUGGGAUCUCAUCCGUCGCCUGAUCCCACUGAGAUAUCCUGCACCAAAGGCUACUGACAAACGGACAACGAGCGUCACGAACAAGAGCGGAGAGGGCAACGACCUCUGGAGCGCGUUCCUUGCAAACGAUCAGCUGGCCGUCGAGAGAAAGACCAUUCUCGAAUGGUUGCAACAGAGCGCAAGGACUGGUCCCGAUCUCGACGACUUGGUCCGGGAGCUACAGCAGAAUGCUGAUAGAGGAGACAUCAUUGCACAUGGCUGGAUACACACAAGGUCUGCCAUUAAGCUGCAAAAGGGCGUUAUCGGUUCCGCGCGCCCCCUUGACGUUCAGUUCCCCGAAGUUGCACGGUCCCUUGUCAAUUCGGACAAGGCGCCACUUGUCGCCGAGUUAGACCCAGACUCUGUGACGAGGCAGGGUCGAAAGCUGGAACCGCAGGACGAGUACUUCGAGCGGGCUAUUUGGGUUGGCUGCUUCCAGCUUCUUCGGAGGGGCAGCAGUUUGAAGGCUAUAAGAGAGUGGUGCCUAGAGAGGACGGAAGUUUGGAGGGCCGUUUCCAUGUCCGCAUUACCCCUUGCUACGCAAAAUGGCGAGGUAAGCUUUGUGGAAGAUCCAUCAGCACUUGCGCUGUGGAGACGCAUGUGCUUUGCAGCGGCACGUCAUGGUGGCGCCGAUGAUAUCGAGAGAGCCGUCUACGGCGUGUUGUCAGGAGACAUUCCUAGCGUGCAAAAAGUGUGCAAGACUUGGGACGACUUUAUGUUCAUGCACUACAACGCUCUCCUUCGCACACAAUUCGACACAUUCGUUCUCAGCCAAUGUCCCUCCGAGACAGCAACAUCUCUUCGCUCAUCAUUCACCGCUUUCGACGCUGUACAAUACCAUGGCGACGCCACUACGCUGGAGCAACGUCUGAUCCAUAGCCUCGAGACCAGCCCUCACACGAGCAAGGAAGCCCUUGAGCCCGUCAAGGCACUUCAAGCCGCCAUCAUUUCCAAGGAGUUAGAGCAACACUUCUAUGAGCAGGGCGUGGCCAUCACACUCAAGGCCAAUUCUAAAGAGGCUUCCGCACUUAUGCCCGAUCAUUCCUGCCACGAGGUCAGCGUGAUACCGGAGAAGUUUGCUGACUUUGAGAAUCCUGGCCGUUUGCGACUUGCCGUCCAUGCGCUCAUCAUCUUUGGUACACUUGACAAGCUCGUCGACUCGCCGCCGAACUCAGCAACGAUGAGCUGGAGGGCCGAUCGCCGCGAAGUACAAGAGAAUACGAUUACGCUUUACAUCAGCUUAUUGCGUCUUUCGGGUUUGGAGGAGUUGAUACCCCUUUACUGCUCUAAGAUUCUCGACAAAAGAGCCCUCCAAGUGUUGAGCACUAACCUACUACCUAUCACUGACAACGAGGCUCGUCUAGUCCAGCUCAGUCUCAUCCGCAAGGCAGGACUAGAUGUGCUGGAAUUUGUCAAAUACCAACCAGCAUCCCUAUUUCGAAGUCUGGACGCUGAAACCGCCGAGACACAGGAUUUCCAUAUCUUGGACAACGGACCGCCAUCUCUCAAAUACGGCCGCUCGAUUAGGACAGACUUUUUUGGAGAAGACCCUGAUACCAUUGAUUCUAUCGACGAACGUCUGAUUCGCUCUCUGGAGUGGCUCCUGCUUGUCGACGAGGCUUGGCCUCAUGUGUUCUGCGUUGGCGUGGAUAUUUACAAAUACUUUCUCAGUUCGUUGCCACAUCAUGAUUCUGAUAUUCUGAGCAUUCGUCCGCUGACACAAGCUCACACGCGAACAGGAACUAUGCGUCUAAAUGCUGCCAGAAGUCUUGCCAGCCGAGUGUCAUUCAGCGCCAUCAUGCGGCAAAAGGUAGAGUUCCCUGAGCAGGACGAAAACGACCAUUGGUGGCCCGAGGAUGCAGAAUUCUGGGCUAGCCAGAUUGAAGUCGCGGGUGCGAAGAAUCUCUCGCCCAGCCAACUUGCUUUGGAGGCACGGGCAUUCCGCGAACUUGAGUGUCUAGUCAAGGCCUUGGAUACAAUGGAGACCAUUGCUUCACUAGCAGAGCUUUCAAAGGAGGACCCGUCCGUAAAGAGAGACUUCUGGACAAAGGUCGGAAACGAGGUCAAGUCUGCCAAGGAGCAUGUGCGGCCGUUGCUCAAGGAUUGGCUGCGGAGUCAGGAAGACGGAGAGCUGGAGGCGCUAAGGGACAUGUAUCUGCCUGAGACACUUCUCGCUUACAUCAGUACCCUUCAUUUCGCCGGUACGACUCUGACGAGGGACAACUUCCUGGAAUGCAUGGAACUGGCGGCCACUGUCGCCGAGAAGGACUCUGACGUUGCUGAGUGCUUCAUGAAGGCGAAUCGCAUGAAGGAACUAGUAGAAAGCUUUGCCGCCUGUAGCAAGGCUCUGGCGAUUGCGUCAGGCGAGAAGAAGGCGGCCAGUUCGAGCAGCAAGAAGCUACGCGAAAUGGGAUGGUCUCGAGAUCUCUGGUCAGUAAAGCAUUGA